GGGGAGGCCCGAUUAAAAGCUCUGUAUAAUCUUAUUAUAUCUUCUCCGUGGGUCAGCCGGGUCCUCCGCCUGGCGCUUCGCGGCGCGCUGGGCGAGGGGUGCCCUGCGGGCCAGGACCGCUUUUGGCCCUCCGCAGCCGCCGUCCACAGCGCCCAGCUGAACCCAAAAGCCCUUCGGGCAGGACUCGCUCCCGUUCCGCCGCACUUGACCCCUGACCUGGGCUCUCCGCACAGGACAGACCAUGAAGCUGAAGGAACUUGAGCGGUCAGCUGUCCAAGUGUGGAGCCCAGCCAGCCAGUACCCUGUGUAUCUGGCCACAGGAACAUCUGCCCAGCAGCUUGAUGCCUCCUUUAGCACAAAUGGCACAUUGGAAAUCUUUGAGGUUGAUUUCAGGGACCCCUCUUUGGACUUGAAACGCAAGGGAGUCCUUUCUGCCUCAAGCAGGUUUCACAAGCUGAUCUGGGGGAUCUUUGGCACUGGGCUUCUGGAAGGCUCCGGGGUUAUUGCAGGCGGCGGGGACAAUGGCAUGCUUACUCUGUACAAUGUGACCCACAUCCUGUCAUCGGGGAAGGAGCCUGUGAUUUCCCAGAGACAGAAGCACACCGGGGCUGUCAGAGCCCUCGACUUUAAUCCUUUCCAGGGCAAUCUCCUGGCCUCAGGGGCCAGUGAUUCUGAAAUCUUCAUUUGGGAUUUGAAUAACCUGAGUGUGCCAUUGACCCCAGGAUCCAAGUCACAGCAGCCCCUAGAAGACAUCCGGGCACUCUCUUGGAACCGGCAAGUUCAACACAUUCUGUCUUCUGCUCACCCCAGCGGCAAGGCAGUUGUGUGGGACCUCAGGAAGAAUGAACCUAUCCUCAAAGUCAGUGAUCACAGCAAAAGGAUGCACUGCUCAGGACUGGCCUGGCACCCAGACAUAGCCACCCAGUUGGUGCUGUGCUCGGAAGAUGAUCAUCUCCCAGUGAUUCAGCUGUGGGACUUGCGUUUUGCCUCCUCACCCCUGAAGGUGCUGGAGAGCCACAGCAGGGGGAUCUUGUCAGUGUCAUGGAGCCAGGCUGAUGCUGAGCUGCUGCUCAGUAGUGCCAAAGAUAAUCAGAUCUUAUGCUGGAACCUGGGGAGCAGUGAGGUGGUAUAUAAGCUACCCACACAGAAUAGCUGGUGCUUUGAUGUCCAGUGGUGCCCUCGAGACCCUCCAGUGUUCUCUGCUGCCUCCUUUGACGGCUGGAUCAGUUUGUACUCUGUGAUGGGUAGGAGCUGGGACGUCCAGCAGAUGAGACAAGCUGACAAGAUCUCUUCUUCCUUCAGCAAAGGCCAGCCUCUCCCACCAUUGCAGGUGCCAGAGCAAGUAGCUCAAGCAUCAUUGAUACCUCCCUUGAAAAGACCCCCCAAAUGGAUGAGAAGGCCAACAGGAGUUUCAUUUGCUUUUGGGGGGAAGCUGGUUACCUUUGGCCUCCUCAACACACUGGCCCAUCAGGUGCCACAGCCUUGCCUCCACCUCGUCUUCAUCAGUCAAGUCACCACAGAAUCUGAAUUCCUGAUGCGGUCAGCUGAGCUGCAGGAGGCCCUGGGAUCAGGAAAUCUCCUGAAUUAUUGUCAGAACAAGGUCCAACGAGCAUCACUGCAAAGCGAAAAGAUGCUCUGGCAGUUCCUGAAAGUAAGAAGCCUGAAGCCUGGCUACUCAGAAGUGUUUCGCCAAAGCUGGGUGACCUUAGAGCAAGACUCUAGAAUUAAAUUCCUGAAGCUAUUGGGAUACAGUAAAGAUGAGCUUCAAAAGAAGGUGGCCACAUGGUUGAAGAGUGACAUGGGGCUGGCUGAGAGUCCUCAGCCCAAGGGAGAUGACCACAGCAGUAACAGACAACAGGCCUUCCACAGCCAGGCCUCCAGACACACCACGGAAGAAGCCUCUGCCUCCUCAACCUUCUUUGAUGAGCUGAUCCCUCAGAUCUUGACUCCAUGGGCGAUCCCCAUCACAGAAGACACUGAUGGACUUCUGAGCCAGGCUCUCCUGCUUGGAGAACUGGGCCUUGCUGUGGAGCUGUGUCUGAAGGAAGAGCGCUUUGCUGAUGCCAUCAUCCUGGCCCAGGCUGGGGGUGCAGAUCUGUUGAAGCAAACUCAGGAGUACUACUUGGCCAAGAAGAAAACCAGAAUCUCCUCGCUUCUAGCCUGUGUUGUGCAGAAGAAUUGGAAGGAUAUGGUGUGUGCCUGUAGCCUGCAGAACUGGAGAGAGGCACUGGCCUUGCUACUGACAUACUCAGGGCCAGAGAAAUUCCCUGAGCUUUGUGACAUGCUGGGUACUCGCAUGGAGCAGGAAGGCAACAGAGCACUAACUUCUGAAGCCACACUCUGUUAUGUGUGCUCAGGGAGUGUGGAGCGGCUGGUGGAGUGCUGGGCCAAAUGCCACCCGGCUUCAUCCCCCAUGGCUCUACAGGACUUGAUGGAGAAGGUGAUGGUCCUUAACAGGAGCUUGGAGCUACUACGGGGUCCUAAUGGGGUGAACCCGGGCCCUGCCACAACCUACAGAGUCACUCAGUAUGCCACCUUCCUGGCAGCUCAGGGCAGCCUGGCUACUGCUAUGAGCUACCUACCUAGUGACUGUGCUCAGCUACCAGUUCAGCAGCUGAGAGAUCGACUUUUUCAUGCCCAGGGUUCUGGUGUCCCAGGCCAACAAUCUCCUCCUUUCCCCUUCCCCCGGGUUGUUGUGGGAGCUACCCUUCACUCCAAAGAGACACCGUCUUACAGAUCAGAAUUCCAACCUUCUCACCAGGUUCUAGCUCCAUCUCAAAGGCCAAGGAUUUUCACACCUCAGUCAUCACUAGUGAUGCCCUUGACACCUUCCCAUCCUAGCUCUUAUCAGGGCUCCAGAAUGCAGAAUAUAAGUGACUACAGGGUACCUGGGCCCCAGGCAGCCCAGCCUUUGCCCCUGGGCCCUAGGGUAAGGCCUGCUUUAUCUCAGCCACAGCUGUUAAGAGGUCAAAGGGCACAAGAUCUUAACCCCAUGGGAUUCCCUGGAACAUGGCCUCUUCCGGGUCCACCUCCUCCUGUAGCACCCCCAGACAUCAUGCAGCCUGGCUCUGCCUCUCUGCCUGAGACUCCUCGACUGAUCCCUCUGCUUCCUGUGAGACCACCAGGUCUCAGCCCUGUGAGCUCCCAACCCCCAGUCCCUCCUGUCAGCUUUCCUGUGGCACACCCUCCAGGAGGGCCAGGAGCUCCAUGCUCUAGCACCCUCCCAACCACUGGCAUCUUGACUCCUUAUCCAGGACCUCAAGAUUCCUUGAAAAAUUCUCCAGCUCCCAGGGGAAAUCUCCAGAGGAAAAAGUUACCAGAGACAUUUAUGCCCCCAGCACCAAUUACAGCUCCAGUUAUGUGCCUCGUCCCUCAGCCACAAGGAGUCCUUUCUUCCCAGCCCCCUGUUGCUGGUAUGGGCCAUGCUCCCCCUGGAACGCCAGGAGAACUCAGCCUGCAGCAACUUCAGCAACGGCUACCCAAGAAGAUAGAAAGGAAGGAGCUGCCCCUAGAGCAUCAGCCCUUGAAGACCAGUUUUGAGGCGCUUCUACAACGCUGUUCCCUGUCUGCCACUGACUUAUCCUAUGUAGUGUUAAUCUUAGUGGCUGGAGUCAGAAUCCAUUUCCCUCCCUGCAGAAGACAAAACGGAAGCUGGAUGAGGCAGCCCGACGUCUGGAAUGUCUAUAUGAGAAGCUCUGCGAGGGGACACUCUCGCCUCAUGUCCUGGCUGGGCUCCACGAGGUUGCCCGAUGUGUGGACGCAGGAAGCUUUGAGCAGGGCCUCACAGUGCAUGCCCAGGUGGUGGGCUGCAGCAGCUUCAGUGAGGUCUCCAGCUUCAUGCCUGUGCUGAAGGCUGUCCUCACCAUUGCUCAUAAGCUGCAUGUGUAAACCAGGCAGCCUCUCUUGCCAGGAGGUCACUUCUACUGUUACUUCACUUCUCCCUGUGGAAAAGGAGAAUUUUGGAACAGAUUCUGUUUGUUUUUCCCAACCUUCUUCCCUUGCUGCCUGGUAUUUGAUGCUGUAGGCUUGGCUCCAAACCAGCAGAGGGCCUGCUCUCUGCCCCUGUAUGCCUGGCCUGCCAGGAGCUGCCCAUGGCUCUCUCAGCCUUUGAGCAGAGUGUAGAGCUAGUUCUUCACUGUCCCUAAUACUGCGCUCCUGGAUCUGGAGCAGGGUGUCUUCUCCUCCAGGGAUAUUCUGUUUAAGUGGCUUCUGAGAGGGUGGCAGGAUCAUUACUUCCAAGUCUACCUCUGCUGUACCCAUCUUGUGGGUCUUUUGUUUUUCCCUUUCUGUGGGUUAUGAGCCUUACCUUCUCCUUGCCUCUGACUUCAUGUUUCCAGGUCCAUAUUUCUCUGAGCCAUGGAGACUAGGAUAGAUUUGACUGUUGUUUACUCUUUGAACAAGUCGUGGACAUGAGGGAUGGGUGCUGAGCAAAACUAAGAGAAGGACUUUUGACCCUUUUUAAAGGGAACUUCUCAGCUGCCAGCAUUAUUAAGGGUGAGCCAAGUUAGGUGGAAGGUGGCAGGGGUGCACUACCAGUGGGGAACAGCUCCCGAUUUGACCCGUUUGCGCACUGGCCCAAGGCCUUAGACCAUGCAUUCUGUGAUUAUAAGCCCAAUUCUGGAAGAGGAACCAUAUUAAGGAAAGGCUCUCUCCUAGCGCUGUUCCUCAAGGGUUGGAGGCCCUUCUGCCCCUCAGCCCCAGCAUUUCUCAGGGCUGCCUUCUCUAGCUGCACCUUUAUGGUUGGACGCUGCGUUUGAAGCACAGAUGGACUUAAUUUGCAAUAAAGCUGCUUUGAUUUGGU